UGCCGAUCAGUAUAUAUCCUCAGUUCAAAGUAGGACACGGCACCCAAGCCUCGUGCGUAGUUCGAGCAAAGAUUGUAAAGUUAAAUUGCACUGUAAAGGGGUCUUUCAACGUGUCUCUCCGUUGGAAGUUUGGAAACAGUUUAAGUAACUUCCAAAGCUUUACGUCUUAUCCCGUGGAAGUCCGCAAUAAAAAAAAAUUAGACGGUCCUGUUUUAGUCGAUUCGGGAACAACCUGUGUCCAUUACCUUAAUUCGUCAACUCUGGAGUUUAACCCAAUAGAUGAUUAUGACGGCUACGUGUAUGUGUGUAUUGCAACGGAAAACAACAUAGACACAAUUGUUGGAAAUAUGACUAUAUUCACAGACAUAGGGCCUGUGGGACAUGUUAACAGUGAGGCGAACAUCGAUUUGAUUAGUGAUGCACUUGUCGGUCCGACAGUGGUUGAGCAAGGAGGAUUGUUUAUUUUGCAAUGUGACCCGUCAAUUGCUGGUAUUACAUCAACUGAUGAAAAUUUGUAUACCCUUUAUAUUGAAUGGACAAACGGGACAAGUAAGCUGCAAGAGUUAGCAAGUUACAACAGUAUCGAACCCCCUUAUACAUCUCAGAAUCCACCAAAGACGUAUCCUGCAAGAAAGUGGAGUUUUAAAUUCUCUGGAGGCUUAGAUGACAGAAGUUCUAAUUUUUUUCAAAAAAAUUCUAAAAAAUUGAAGAAAAUAGAAAUUUCAGUCUAUGAUGCUAACUGCGCGGAUGCAGGAUUCUACUUUUGCAGAGCUGAUUUGCCGUAUGCUGGCGAUUAUUUCAUGCGACAUCACAAUCUCACUGUUGUAGGCAAGUUUCUUAUUGGUCGUGUUACAGUUUAUCAAAGAGGUGUUGGAUAUAGGUGUAAGAUUCUAGUUUUAAAUCUCGGAGCACAGGCCGUGUAUCUGUAG